GCCGCCAACAGGGCACAGGAAAGUGUGCGGGGGAGAGGAAUUCCCCACCAGGUUGAAGCUGCCUCUCCCAAACUUUCUCUCCGGGCCUGGCGGGGGUGGCCAGAUGGGGGCUUUGUGUCAGUGAUGGGAAGUCGGCAAGCUAGAGGGAAAUGACCUGGGGGUUGGAUUGCACAAGGUUCCAACUUGCAGCAUCCCCCUGAAGCCUGAACCCAUGUUCUGAAAGCUCGAAAUACCGUUGCGUACGGGUACCACCAUCUUCCCCCUUGCCCACUGAUCUAAUCAAUGAGAAGAGAUUGCUGAGAGUGCAGAAGACCCUUCUUCUGUGAUGUGCAUCCUCAAUAGAUCAGACCCACUAUGCGACCUUUAACCUGCUACAUCUGCUCAGCAUUGCUAUCAAUGCAUUGUGACAGUUACACACACUUCCAGCAGGCAAAAGAUGCCAGUCAUCAAUAUUGAGGACCUAACAGAAAAGGACAAAUUGAAGAUGGAAGUCGACCAGCUCAAGAAAGAAGUAACGCUGGAAAGAAUGCUGGUCUCCAAAUGUUGUGAAGAAGUAAGGGAUUAUGUUGAAGAAAGAUCUGGUGAAGAUCCACUAGUAAAGGGUAUCCCAGAGGACAAAAACCCCUUCAAGGAACUCAAAGGAGGCUGUGUGAUUUCCUAAGGAAAAAAAAAAAAAAAUCCUUGGAAUAUCUUGAGCUUUAAUUGACAGUACUAAUUUUCGGUCACAUAUAAGAAUUCUAUUAAGCAUGUACGUAAACCUUUAAAUUUAUAAAUAUAAACUUUUAAUAAAAAUUGGGACGUGAUAAUGCA